UUUGUUUGGUUUCUGGAAACAUCUGACAGGAGAAAACGGAAUAAGAAGAGGCCACAAUUGGACUACAAAAGGAUUCAAGAUAUAUGUUUGCAGUGGUGCUGUUGAGCAGCAGGUUUGUCUUGUCUGGCUGUGAGCUGAAGCUGUAACUCCUUUCAUCAUGUUCUCACCCGGGAAACACCAUCUGUCACACCUGCUUCUCACAGUCCUGCUGCUCGGUGGUCAGACAGCAGAUGGAGCUCAGAACGGGUCGGAGGUGGAGACGGCUAGUGUCCACUCCAGCAGGGCCAUCGUGGCAAAGGAGGGAUCCAGCAUCCUGAUCGAAUGUAACGUGACCGGGGGCCACGAUAGCAUCAUGUGGUUAAACCCUAAAGGACUUAAGCUGGGUGAUGACGCAGAUGGGAAGUGGAAGAUUCAGGAAACAGGCACCCUGAACAUCACUGCAGUCUCCUUUGUGGACCGUGGCCGCUACACAUGUGUUGCCUCCAGUGGCGCAAAUUACACCGUUAUUCUGCGUGUUGCCCACACCGACAGCGGCUUGGGCCUGUACUAUGUCAUCGUCUGUCUGGUGGCUUUCACCAUCACCAUGAUCCUCAACGUGGCCCGACUCUGCAUGGUCAGUAGCCACCUCAAGGAGACAGAGAGGGCCAUCAAUGAGUUUUUCCGCACUGAGGGUGCAGAGAAGCUACAGAAGGCAUUUGAGGUCGCAAAGCGCAUUCCCAUCAUCACAUCUGCCAAGACGCAGGAGUUCGCUAAAGUGACGCAGUUCAAGACGCAGGAGUUCGCUAAAGUGACGCAGUUCAAGACGCAGGAGUUCGCCCGUCACAUUGAGGAACUGGCACGGAGCGUCCCUCUGCCGCCGCUUAUCCUGAACUGCCGUACAGGUAUGGAUACGGAGAACCCUGGCCCUCACUCUUCAGAGCAAGUAGGGAGACAAGCUAUAGGCCCGCCCUGCUCAGAUGGAGAGGAGAAGGAGGCGUGUCAGGUGCUGCUGCCGCCAAGUGAAGGACAAAGGAAUGAUGAAGGUGGCGUUGACAUUAAAGUGUCAGUCCACAUGGUUUCUGAAUGUGCAGGUGUGGACACUGUAGAAGAGAAGGAUAAUGAUGAGGAUGAGGAGGCUGCGGUGUGCCUCCCUCUGCUCACAACAAGCCCAUGA